AUGGCUUAUAUGAAGGUUAUGAAGUUAACGACAGUGUGUGUAUUGGUGGCAGUUCUGGUGGUAGGCACCAAUGGAGACCUGGCUUCUCCUGAGAGGUCUUAUAAGAUCCUCAUGCUCCUCCCCGUCUCUACCAAUAGCCACAGGACCCUCUUCAUGUGCCUGGCCGAGGCUCUAGCUGACCGAGGACACAAGAUCUCUGCGCAGUUCCCAGAGCUGCCGCCGCUGUUAGACCUGGAGAGGAACAUGAGUCUGGGGCUGAUCAAUACCCACUUUAGUAUUGGUAUACCACUGCCCCUCCUGCCUUCAGAGGUGGAGGUGGGCGGUAUGCACUGUCGACCAGCCAGCCCUCUGCCCGAGAUCUCUGCGCAGUUCCCAGAGCUGCCGCCGCUGUUAGACCUGGAGAGGAACAUGAGUCUGGGGCUGAUCAAUACCCACUUUAGUAUUGGUAUACCACUGCCCCUCCUGCCUUCAGAGGUGGAGGUGGGCGGUAUGCACUGUCGACCAGCCAGCCCUCUGCCCGAGGAACUGGAGUCGCUUAUCACUGGGGCGGGGUCUGCUGGCGUCAUAUACUUCAGCUUGGGCUCCGUUGCUCAAAGUAUCAGCAUACCAGUCCAGUACCGCGACCUCCUCGUCCAGGCCUUCCGCAGGUUGCCGCAGCGCGUCCUCUGGAAAUACGAGGGGAAGCUGGAGGGCCUCCCUGACAACGUGAUCAUCAGCAAGUGGUUCCCCCAGCAGGAUGUUCUGGCCCACCACAACGUGAAGGUGUUCAUCACGCACGGAGGCCUCCUCAGCCUGCAGGAGGCCAUCUUCCACGCCACGCCCCUCCUCGUCCUCCCCAUCUUCUCCGACCAGCCCAGGAACGGCAUGUUUGUGAGGAACUCUGGUCUGGGAGACUUUCUAGAGUGGUCAAACCUAACUGAAGACAUAAUUCUCAAAACUCUCACCGAAAUUAUUAAUAACACAAGGUAUAAGGAAAACGUGAUGAGGAUGUCAGCGGGGAUGAGGGACCAGCCGACGUCCCCCAGGGACCGUGCAGUGUUCUGGACGGAGUACGUCAUCCGCCACCGUGGGGCGCCCCAGCUGAGGUCCCCGGCGGCACAGCUCUCCUGGGUGGAGUUCCUAAUGCUCGACGUCCUGCUUCUUCUCCUCCUGGCUCUCUCCCUUCUCUGCUUCAUCCUUCGUCGGAUCCUUAUUGUUGUCUCUGUAAAAAUGUUCGGUAGUGGCAGCAGCAAAAAGAAGCAAGAUUAG